CGAGAACGGACGCAGUUUACAAUUUGACAAAAUGGGAUAGAGAUCACUACAAGGCAAAAACCUCAUGCACGCCUAAUGAAGGUUUUUGGUUGAAGAUAUUAUAGUGACAUAUGUUCAAUGUUGAGAAAUGUACCUAAGGAUGGAGAAUAGUACAAACCACACACAGGACCUUGCGCACGGAGCGCAGGACAGUGAGGAUGGAGACGCACAGAACAGUGUGCGCGCUCUGCUUGGGUUCGUGCUCUUUCUCCUGAUCAUCUCCACGCUUCUCGGGAACACACUGGUGUGCGCCGCCGUGGUCAAAUUCAGGCACCUGCGCUCCAAAGUGACCAACUUUUUUGUCAUUUCUCUGGCAGUGUCUGACCUCUUCGUGGCGGUACUGGUGAUGCCGUGGGAGGCGAUAUCCGCGGUGACGGGCACGUGGCUCUUCGGCCGAUUUUGCGGCAUCUGGAUCGCCUUUGACAUUAUGUGCUCCACCGCGUCCAUCCUCAACCUGUGCAUCAUCAGCGUGGACCGCUACUGGGCAAUCGCGAGCCCUUUCCGCUACGAGCGCAAGAUGACCCACAGGGUGGCUUUCAUGAUGAUCGGGGUGGCGUGGACCCUGUCCAUCCUCAUCUCCUUUAUCCCGGUUCAGCUCAACUGGCACAUGGCAGAGGAGGGGGAGGAAGGCGCAAUGGGUAACGGCACCAACUAUACCGACAACUGCAAAGCCAACCUGAACCGGACGUACGCCAUCUCUUCUUCACUGAUAAGUUUCUACAUUCCUGUUAUCAUCAUGAUCGCCACAUACACGAGGAUAUUUCGUAUUGCGCAAACACAGAUCCGCAGGAUCUCCUCUUUGGAGAGGGCAGUGGAACAGGCGCAAAACCACCACCAGUCCAACGACUGCUCUAACGAGAACUCCCUUAAAACCACAUUCAAGAAAGAGACCAAAGUUUUAAAAACUCUUUCCAUCAUCAUGGGAGUCUUUGUGUUUUGUUGGCUGCCGUUUUUCGUGAUCAACUGCAUGGUACCCUUCUGUCAGUGCGUAAGUGACACUACUUUCACCAUUUUUGUUUGGUUCGGAUGGGCCAAUUCCUCUCUAAACCCCGUCAUUUACGCAUUUAACGCGGACUUCAGAAAGGCCUUCUCGUCUAUUUUGGGUUGCAAUAAAAUUUUCCCCAGCGCCGCAGUGGAGACAGUGAAUUUCAGCAAUGAGCUGGUGUCCUAUCAUCACGACACAACGCUACAGAAGGAAGCGCAGCCGCUGGUAGUGCAGCUGCCGCACGCAGUUUCAAACUCUCGGGAGGAACCGAGCCUCCCGUUCGAUAAGGAUUCAGUUACCUCCAACAUGUCCCGAAACCAUAAAAACUUGCUGUUGCCUAACAUCGCGCAGUUCGAGUGCGACGGGGAGAUUUCCCUGGACACUAUUACACCAUUUACCUCCACCGGACUCAUGGAGUGCGAGGGACUCCCUGGCCAAAUCAUAAACGAAUGACAUUCAACAGACCGAUCAGAGGAUUUAUUCACUUGCGAUGGAUGCUGGUGGAAUGAUGAUCAAUUAUCAGGCCAGCUUAGAUCACCUAUUUAUUGAUGUAAAACAUUAACCUUCUUUUUUAGUCAACAUAUUCAGGUUAAGAUUACGAAAUCAGGGUACCACAGCAUAACAAAAGCUUUUGGAUUCUGCAUAAAUAUAUUUUUGAUCACUUGCAGCCAAAAGCCUUAAAGAGCCUUCAUUUGCAUAUAUAGCUGACGCACACCAUCAACAUUUCAGGUUAACAAAUAUAUACAUGCAUGCAUAAAGUUACUAGUCACUAAACAGGCUUUUAACCUUUGUUGUUGUUUCUUACACUGACAAUUUGAAUUCAGAAAUUGCAUUUACAUGGUCAUAUAAGCUAUGAUAUGUUUUACAAUCAUUUCAAUUUAUGUAUGACAUCUCACCGCGGGACACUUUCGUUUCCCAAAUAUAUUUCAUGUCAACAUAGUAACAUAUGAUAUACUGGUUGAAUGUGAUAUGUUAAAAUGCAAGACAGUUGGUCACCUUCACAAAGCUGUUGAGUCUUUCAAAUGAUUUAUGUCUCAACCCCUCCCUGUUUCUAACCUACUUCAUACAAUAUUGCAUAUUAUGAUCCUAAGCAAAUGAAUAGGCAGAGUAUACAGGUUACAUCAGACAGGAAUUUGAUUAUUGAGGUAAUAGUUUUAAUAAACAUUGCAUGACGGUGAUUUCUUUUAAGGGGGUUUAUUCAGCAUUGCCUCCUUGAGCAAAGAAGAAAAAACUAUAUGUG